UCCUCUUUCCCAGGGAGCAGUCCCAUUAGCUGCAAGGAUUUAGCGAGGACUUGUAACACUGGUUCUCUGUCAUCCCCUGGAUUUGGGUGGAGGCUUGCAUAACCUUCAUCGCCUUCUCCCUUCUGCUUACCUCUUCCUGACAUUUCCCUGCACUGGUUCAUCAGGCCCUUUCUUGCUCAGAUCUGGAGAACUUGGGCCCGUGGGUGAGGAGGGCCCAGUUCUAGAAAGCCAAGCCACCUUUGUGCAGGGAACAGUAGAGCACAGGACUUGUCUAUCUUGGGCGUCAGCUUUCCGUGGGCCUGGACAAUGGGCAAUGUGAUGGAGGGUAAGUCGGUGGAGGAGCUAAGCAGCACCGAGUGCCACCAGUGGUACAAGAAGUUCAUGACCGAGUGCCCCUCUGGCCAGCUCACCCUCUAUGAAUUCCGUCAGAUCUUUGGCCUCAAGAACCUGAGCCAAUCGACCAGCCAGUAUGUGGAGCAGAUGUUUGAGACCUUUGACUUCAACAAAGACGGUUACAUCGACUUCAUGGAGUACGUGGCGGCGCUCAGCCUGGUUCUCAAGGGGAAGGUGGAACAGAAGUUGCGCUGGUACUUCAAACUCUACGAUGUCGAUGGCAACGGAUGUAUUGACCGUGAUGAGCUGCUCACCAUCAUCCGGGCCAUCCGAGCCAUUAACCCCUGCAGUGACUCCACCAUGAGUGCAGAGGAGUUCACCGAUACAGUGUUUUCCAGAAUCGAUAUCAAUGGGGAUGGGGAAUUGUCUCUGGAGGAGUUCAUGGAGGGCGUCCAGAAGGACCAGAUGCUCCUGGACACACUGACCCGAAGCCUGGACCUUACCAGCAUUGUGCGCAGGCUCCAGAACUGCGAGCUAGAUGAGGAGAGGGCUGGCGGUGGGGCAGCCGAGGCAGCGGGCUAAGCCCACCACCCAGAUGCUUCUGUUGGGGAGGGGGUGUAUGGUGGUGCUGGUGUCGCCAUUGUUGCUUUAAUACUAGAUAGAGUCUACUGAAUUCAAAGGCGCAGCUCGCCUCUUUGGGGUGCACGGUGGCAGCAGAGGGGCAGGGGUGGGAAUCCAGAGCGGGGAUGGUGAAGGAUGGUAUUUGAUCUCUCUAGAUGACUCAGCUGGUGGUAAGUGCUCCCUGCUGGGGGCACUCCUCAGCAUCCUUCUGCCCUCAGGCUCCUCCCUUGCCCCUUCUGGCACCUCCCCCAGCUUUUCCCAGCUUCCUCCGCUGAGCUUCUCCAGUCCCACUUUCUUCUAGACAUGGAAGCCCUGAAGCAGAGAUGGGCUUUCCAGGAACUCUGAUGGAAUCUUACAGAUCCUGUGGCCGCAGGAUUGCAAGGACCCCCAGGACCAUCGGAGCCCACCUGUGUGGCUCACACUGAUUCGUUCUUCCCAUUCAACAAGCAUUUAUUGAACACCUACUAUGUGCUAAUGUUAGAGGUCAGAUGUGCAAAGAGGACCAUUCUCAUCCUCAAGGAACUCACAGGCUAAGCAUCAUUAUAAUAAAAUAUGCUAAGAGAAGCUAUGAAUGGAUUCCUGUAGGAGCACAGUGAACUGU